UAAGUCAGUCACACUUACAAUGAGCAUUUCAAGUGGAAUUCUGUUUUAACAAAUUUUUUGGCAAUUAACUUUUAUGACUGUAGUGAAGGCGGAAGAAACAAAUGCACAAAUUCAUUAAAUGUGUUAAUUUAAGUGAAACAAAUCAGCGUUAGCUCCCCGUAGUUCCAAUUUGUAUGAAUGUGGCACAAUCGCAAUCAAACGAUUGCAGCCAACGCCAACGUCAGCAAAAAUCUUUGAUAUCAACUGUAAAGGCAACGCAGUGUGAAAAUCAGUUUAAAGACGCUACUUAAUUCGUAAUAAUGGCUAGUCCACGAACGCGACGUGUGCUGCAAGAGUUGAAGCCCCAGGACGAGAAUUCGAAAUGUUUCGAGUGCGGCACUCACAAUCCCCAAUGGGUGUCGGUUACUUAUGGCAUUUGGAUAUGUCUGGAGUGUUCGGGCAAGCAUCGCAGCUUGGGCGUUCAUCUCUCGUUUGUGCGCUCCGUAACCAUGGACAAAUGGAAGGACAUUGAGCUGGAGAAGAUGAAGGCGGGCGGCAAUCGCAAUGCACGUGAAUUUCUAGAGGAUCAGGAGGAUUGGAACGAACGUGCGCCCAUAACGCAGCGAUACAAUAGCAAGGCAGCAGCUCUAUAUCGAGAUAAGAUUUCAACGCUGGCUCAAGGAAAAAGUUGGAAUCAAAAGGACGCCGAAGCGCGCUUAAACAGCAGUAACUCUUCUUAUGGCUCCAGCAGCUAUAGCGGCAGCGGCGCCAAUAGCAGCUCGCAAAACCGUGCAAAUGCAACAGGUUACAGUGGCAACGACAGCGGUGGAGGCUAUCAGAACGGCGGAGGCGCUUACAACGAGGCUGGUGGUUAUCAGCAGUUCCAGACACAAGAAUUCAAAGACCAGAAGGAGGAGUUCUUCAGCCGUCGUCAAAUGGAAAAUGCAUCGCGGCCAGAAAACUUGCCACCAAAUCAGGGCGGUAAAUAUGCAGGAUUUGGUUUUACACGUGAACCGCCACCGAAAACACAAUCUCAGGAGCUGAUCGACUCCACGCUAACCACUUUGGCAUCCGGUUGGAGUUUGUUCUCCACAAAUGCAUCCAAGUUGGCAAGCACUGCUAAAGAGAAGGCCGUAACCACAGUUAAUUUGGCUUCGACCAAGAUUAAAGAGGGCACCCUGCUUGAAUCGGUUCAGAGUGGGGUUACAGACGUGGCCUAUAAGGUUACUGACAUAAGCAAACGUGGCUGGAACAACUUGGCAGGUGGCAACAGCUCGGCGUCUCAAGGCGGCUACAACGAUCCCAGCUUGGAUGACAACGGCUAUCAGCGUUCCAAUUCGGUGGGCGGCAAUUUGGCUGGUGGUCUAGGACAACAGAGUGGUGUUGGCGAUAGUGAUUGGGGUGGCUGGCAGGAGAAUGCCAAUAAUAAAACGCAUCUAACUAGCUCCAGCUCAUAUCAAAAUCAACUUAGCAGCAACGCCAGCGGCACACCAACUGGCGGCCUCACGCAAGACGAUGAUUGGGCUGGGUUUAAUUCCGCAAAUUAUCAGAAUUCUGAGACAUCGUAUCAAAAUACACCAUCUGGUGGCCAGUCCGUUCGCCGCAAUAUGAAGCUACAGGAGACUUCGCAGAAAUUGAGCGAAGGUUUCGAUAAUCUGGAUGUGAAGAACGUGAAAGCCAAGCCAGCAGCCUCGUCGAGUGGCAAAGCGAGCGCCGAGGAUGAUGCCUGGAAUUUGUUAAUGAAUUAGCAAAUAGAAUGAAACCAUUAUUGAAGCGUUUUUGUCAAAUAACUUGAUUUGUUUUGUAUUAUUUUUUUUAUUGUUGUCAACUAUGUUUUAAAGAAACUUCAGUUUAUUCGUGUGCGCAUUUAAUGUAAAUUUACGAAUAUUAUGUUCCAACUUAUUUUUACUGAUUUCCAACG